AUGAAGUUUGUCAUUCUGGUAGCUGUGUUUGGGCUCAGCCUCGCCCAGCACAACCCCCACCUCAAAGAUGGAAGAACGGCCAUUGUCCAUCUCUUUGAGUGGCGCUGGGCCGACAUCGCUGCAGAGUGUGAACGCUUCUUGGGUCCCAGUGGCUUUGGAGGUGUUCAGAUCUCUCCUCCAAAUGAGCACAUUUUGGUGAACGGUCCCUUUAGACCCUGGUGGCAGAGAUACCAACCAAUUGGCUACAACUUGUGCUCCAGAUCCGGCAAUGAGAACGAACUGAGGGACAUGAUCACCAGAUGCAACAAUGUUGGGGUCAACAUCUAUGUGGAUGCUGUCAUCAAUCAUAUGUGUGGAGCUGGUGGUGGAGAGGGAACCCACUCCUCAUGUGGCAGCUGGUUCAGUGCCAACAGGAAGGACUUCCCUACUGUCCCCUUUUCUCACUCUGACUUCAAUGACUACAAGUGCCACACUGGCAGUGGAAAUAUUGAGAACUAUGGUGAUGUCAAUCAGGUGCGUGACUGUCGUCUGGUUGGUCUGUUGGACCUUGCCUUGGAGAAAGAUUAUGUUAGGGGCAAGGUGGCUGACUACAUGAACAAGCUGAUUGAUAUGGGUGUAGCUGGAUUCAGAGUGGAUGCCUGCAAGCACAUGUGGCCUGGUGACUUGUCUGCUGUCUACGGUCGUCUGCACAACCUCAACACCAGAUGGUUCUCUGGUGGCUCCAGACCCUUCAUCUUCCAAGAGGUUAUUGAUCUGGGAGGUGAGCCCAUCACAUCUGGACAGUACACCCAUCUUGGAAGAGUGACUGAGUUCAAAUAUGGCGCCAAACUGGGAACUGUCUUCAGAAAAUGGAAUGGCGAAAAGCUGUCUUACACCAAGAACUGGGGAGAGGGAUGGGGCUUCAUGGCCAAUGGCAAUGCUCUGGUGUUUGUUGACAACCAUGACAACCAGAGAGGUCAUGGUGCUGGUGGUGCAUCCAUUGUUACCUUCUGGGACUCCAGACUCUACAAGAUGGCUGUUGGCUACAUGCUGGCUCAUCCUUAUGGAGUAACCAGGGUUAUGUCUAGCUUCCGCUGGAACCGCAACAUCGUGAAUGGAAAAGAUCAGAAUGACUGGAUGGGCCCUCCCAGCCAUGGUGAUGGAUCCACCAAGCCCGUUCCCAUCAACCCUGACCAGUCUUGUGGAGAUGGAUGGGUGUGUGAGCACAGAUGGCGUCAGAUCAAGAACAUGGUCAUUUUCCGUAAUGUGGUCAAUGGACAGCCUCAUUCCAACUGGUGGGACAACGGAAGCAACCAGGUUGCCUUUGGACGUGGUGAUCGUGGUUUCAUCGUCUUUAACAAUGAUGACUGGAACCUGGAUGUGACCCUGAACACUGGCAUGCCUGGUGGUACCUACUGUGAUGUCAUUUCUGGUCAGAAGGAAGGAAGCAGGUGCACUGGGAAGCAGAUCCAAGUUGGUGGUGAUGGCCGAGCCCACUUCAAAAUCAGCAACAGAGAUGAAGACCCCUUUGUUGCCAUCCAUGCUGAAUCUAAGCUGUGA